AUGCCCACCAGAAGACCAGACAUCCACCACAAGACCAGACGCCCUCCACAGAACCAGACGCCCACCGCAAGACCAGACAGCCACCACAAGAACAGACACCCUCCAGAAGACCAGACGCCCUCCACAUCACCAGACACCCUCCAGAAGACCACCACAAGACCAGACACCCACCACAAGACCAGACACCCACCACAAGACCAGACGCCCACCACAAGACCAGACACCUACCACAAGACCAGACACCCACCACAAGACCAGACGCCCACCACAAGACCAGACACCCACCACAAGACCAGACACUAUCCAGAAGACCAGACGCCCACCACAAGACCAGACGCCCACCACAAGACCAGACGCCCUCCACAAGACCAGACGCCCUCCACAAGACCAGACGCCCUCCACAAGACCAGACGCCCACCACAAGACCAGACUCCCACCACAAGACCAGACGCCCUCCACAAGACCAGACGCCCUCCACAAGACCAGACGCCCUCCACAAGACCAGACGCCCACCACAAGACCAGACGCCCACCACAAGACCAGACGCCCACCACAAGACCAGGCGCCCACCACAAGACCAGGCGCCCACCACAAGACCAGGCGCCCACCACAAGACCAGACACCCACCACAAGACCAGACGCCCACCACAAAAAUUAUUAUAA